CACUCCGCCCAUCCCUCAACCUCAAAGUAGCCGAGCUAACCCUGAUCCCGACCCGUCGGUCUCACUCCCGAGGCCAACACCGUCGGUGACCUUGACGUCCUGCCUGACACAUCGCUGCCCGCCGCUGGAGCGAAAGUAUGUCCGAAAAGGCUGAGAAAGCGGUGUGGGAUGAUGCACAUGUGGUACACUUUAUUGGUAUUUGCAAAGAAGAGAUUAGUAAUGGAAACAGGCCAUUAGGCUUUCUCAAUCCAAUUGGUUGGAAAAAUCUUGUGGAGAAGUUCGAAGCAAGAACCGGGAAGAAGCUAACUAGAACUCAAUUGAAGAAUAAAUAGGACAGUAUGAAAAAAGAGUACACAUGGUUCAUGGAGUUGAAAAUUGCUGCUACUGGACUUGGAUGGGAUGAUGCAAAGCAAACUGUUGAUGCUUCCAAAGAAUGGUGGGAUGAACAUCUUCAGAGAUGCAAUAGUCCCGAGAAAGAUAUAAAAUGCAACCAUUUGAGGUACAGGAAGCGUGGACCGAAGUAUUUGGAUGAUAUGGAUGUGUUGUUCCAGAAGGCACAUGUAACAGGGGCUAGUGCAAGCUGUCCUGGAGAUAUAUCUAGUGAUGAAUGUAGUGAUGAUGAUGUGGCAGCGGUAGAUACAACUGAUAAGAGUGCUGAAAUAAAGUUAGCUUCCUUGAAGAAAGCAAAAGCAAACAAGAAGCGCAAGGAGUUAGCUAAUGACAAUGACGAGAAAGCUAACAAGAAGCGCAAGGAAUCCUCUAAUGCCAAUAAAGAGAAAGAUGAGAAGAGCCCCUUCUUUCGAACAUAUGCAGGCACAUGUGAAAAGAUAGGAUUUGCAGCUGAAAAGAUUUCCUCAAAUUUUGUAGCAUCAUCAGCUCCUCCAACAAACCAUGUACCUUCCAUUGCAGAUGUUAUGCAGAUGGCGAAAGAUUGUGGGGUGAAAGAAGGAACCGCUUUGAUGCAUACAACCACUAUGAUGAUCGUGAAGCCUGAUUUUAGAGAGAUCUUCAGCUUGCUUCAAACAAAAGAAGGACGAUUUGAUUUGCUACAGAGGGAGCAUGAAAAAGAGAUGAAGCGUGUGUAAAAUAUUUUAGUUAUCGUGUCAAACAUACAUGUCUAUUUGCUUGUCUUGUGUGAACCAUUUUUGUCUUGUCGUGCAUUUGUGUCUUGUCUCGUGUGAAC